UUUUAAUGCAAUUUCUAUCAAUAACUUUAAUCAGGCUAAUUUUUGCGUUUGUUAAAAAAAUUAAAAAAUUUAAAACUCUAUGCGAGUCCUCCAAAUCGAAAAUGACUUGGGACCGGAGCUCUUAUCUCUAUAACUCCUGCGAUUCCUAUUCCAACUACGAACACAGAAUCUCCUCUUCUCUAUAUAAGUAACACUUUUGCAAUCACAAUCUCUUCGAUUCUCUUUGUACGCUCGAGAUCUCUCUGGUUCUUCUUUAACAGAUCGCAUUCUUGAUUUCUUGCAAUCCAAGCUAUGGCGGAUGAUAAUGGCAAAAACCCUAUGCCCAACGAUAGAGGCUACGAUACUCUUCUCACAGCGUUCAACAAUCUUAAACUCUACGCCAACUAUAACCAUCAAGAGCCUGGAGAAUCCGGCAACACCAACAUCAACAGCAACAACAACCACCCUAAUCCUCCUCUUCUCACAGCGUUCAAGAGUCUUAAACUCUAUGCCAACAAAAACAAUCAAGAACCUGGAGAAUCCGGCAACACAACCAUCAACAGAAAUAAAAACCACCCUAAUCCUCCUCUUGUCACUGCGUUCAACAACCUUGAACUCUAUGCCAACUAUAACCAUCAAGAACCUGGAGAAUCCGGAACCACCAACAUAAACAACAACAACCCUAAUCCUCCUCUUCUCACUGCGUUCGACAAUCUUAGACUCUACGCCAACUACAACCAUCAAGAACCUGGAGAAUCCAGCAACAACAACUACCCCAAUCUCAACGUUUAUAACGUUGGUCAUAUCUCCGCCGCUAGCUUCAACGCUCCUCCGUUCACUCCGUCGUCGUUGACCCAACCAGAUGAUUCUUCCUCCAGAUAUUCCGGCAAACCCUUCCCUCCUCCUCCUCUGAGUUUCGUGAGCCCUGGCGUCGACAAGGAUCGUAACUGGCUAUCAAGUCUGUUGGACAUGAUGACGUGUGCACAACGUUUCACUGAGUUCCAAAAGUACCUCCAAGAUCUCGAUACCUAUCCAACGGCUGAGAGGGAGAGCCAUCUGUUCAAGAUCGGAUCAGCGUUAACCACAACCAAACGCAUUUUCCUCCACUUGGCUACGAACCAAUACGGCUCACAAGCUUUACGUAUCCUCUUUAGACGCAGCCCUAGCUUAGACCAUCUCUUAUUCUGCGCCGUCGACACAAACUUCUUCUUGCUCAUGAGCGAUAAGUAUGGUCGUGGCUUGAUCAUCCCCGCUAUACGAGCCGUCGAUAAAACCAAGAAGGAGUCUCUCUACAAGCUCACUUACGAAUACACUCUGCACCUUGCCAGGCUAGAAACUGGAUGCCUUGCCCUAAACAAUGUGCUUCAGGAAAUCAGAGGCAUAUACAGAGACCUAAUCUUUGAGUGCGUCGCAAACAACGCAGAUUGGUUAUCUUUUGACCCCUAUGGAACACACGUUGUGCAGAACAUUCUGAUACUUCAGAAUCCGGUUGCAACAACCGCAAUCGCUGAGAGACUUCGUGGAAGUUUCUUCAGGUUAGCGAUGGAGAGACAAGGAAGCUAUGUGGUGGAGAAGUGUUUAAAAUCGGAUUUUGCGAGAGACCAAGUGUUGGAGGAGUUUAGAGGGAAUGCCAAAGAAUGGGUAAGAAUGACAACUGAUAAGUUUGGCAACUUUGUGGUACAGUCUGCGUUGAGAGUGAUGAAGGAGAAAGAGAUGAGACCACUGUUGAGAGAGUUUGUGGAGAAGCUAAGGCCUCACUUUGGGAAGAUGGAGAUUGGGCGUGGGAGGAACACACUGCGAGUGAUUCAAGAAGAAAUUGUUGGUUGGAUUAAUCAGUUACCAGAUAAAUCUGGAUAUGUGAACUGAUGAGUGCUUUUUGGUGUUUUUUAGUUAGUUGGUUUUCUGAUGGUUUUUCAUUGGUCUAGUCUAUCGUAGUGGUGUUAUGGUGUUUUUUGGUGUUUUGGCUUGUGUAAUAG